AUGGAUGUAGAAUAUGUUGGGGUAAAGCAGGAAUUCCUAGAAGAUAGUAUCAUUUACUCAAUUGCCAGAGUUUUAGAUGAAAUCGUUAGAGAGACUGACAUAAUUGAGAGUCCCUAACAAACUGCAUUUCAUACAAAUAAAAAACCUGCAAUAAGUCUGGCAAAAUAUUUAGAGCGUAUCCAAAUGUACUCUUAUUGCAGCAAUGAAUGUUUCAUCUUGGCAUUGAUCUACAUUGACAGGAUCUAAUAAAAGAACCAAGAUGUUGUUAUCAAUAGUUUUUGUGUCCACAGAUUUAUGUUCGCAUGCAUCAUUCUGAGCAUUAAAUAUAACGAUGAUGAUUACUAUAAGAAUGACUACUAUGCCAAGGUCGGGGGAAUCACAAUCAGCGAGAUAAACAAAUUAGAAUAAGAACUGUUAACUUUGCUCGAUUACGAGCUUUAUGUUAGUUAAUAACAAUACUACUUUUACAAGGAUAAAUUGAUGAAAUAUGCAAAACUAUGA